AUGGAAUUACAGGACCAACCGAAUUUAAGGGUGUCUGACCCCGCUGAAGCCAAAUCAGCCAUCAUCAAGUUCAAUCUCAAUGAUGAACCUGAAAGAAAAGAUGGUGUCGAUGACGAGCAGACGGAUGAGAGUACCGGGAAGGCGAAGAGUACUCGAUUGGACGCUCAAUUCCAUACUUUCAUACGGAAUAUGACUGAAACGUCCCUCUUCAAUGUCUUCAUCAUGACCGCGAUUGUCCUGAAUGCGUUUGCGAUGGCUUUGGAGACAGACAUUUCCUUGUCCGAGUUGGUUGGCCCUGAUUUUUUCUCAGUGCUUGACCAGAUAUUCUUGGCCAUCUACACCGUUGAAUUCAUCAUGAAGAUCUACGCCGAGCCUAAAGAAUACUGGCGAAGUUUCUAUAAUUUGUUUGACUUUUUUGUUCUUGUCAUGUCGUAUGUCCAAGAAUUUAUGGUUAUCAUCGACCCAACUGGACAGCAGAAUUUUGGUGGAUUGCGGAUCCUGCGAGCUCUGAGAUCACUGAGGACGCUGAAAACCAUCUCAUUCAUCCGAGGACUUCAGGUCUUGGUCGUCGCCCUGAUGGACACCAUCCGGAAAUCAGUGCUCAACAUCGUUUCUCUCUUGCUGCUCAUGAUGCUACUCUUUGCCAUCAUGGGUUACUACCUUUUCACCUACGAUAUCGAGAUAAACAGCGAACAGGACCAAAUUAAUGCGGAUCUGGUGUACGAGAAUUGGGGAAAUCUUGGGGCAGCCAUGUUGACACUAUUUACUUUGGUCACAGUAGAGGGUUGGACCAAGCUGCAGGCAAGACUGGACGCAUAUGGUUUUGAAUACAGCCGUCUCUACACUGUUCUCUUCAUCGUCAUCGGUCACUUCAUCUUCACUAACGUCUUCAUCGGCGUCAUCAUCAUGAACAUCAGUGAUGCGACAGAAAACUUUAAGAAAUCUCAAAUGAAUGAGCGCCAAGCAGCGCUCCAGAACAAGAAAGAUUUUACACUCCAGAGGCAGCACAAGUACGUCUCGCAGAUGAUGGAGAGACAGAAACAUGGGAAAUAUUUGAAUUUUCAAGAAAUGGUAAAAGAAUUCGGGUUGGCGCUCAGCCACGAUGAUUACGUCAUGAUGGCAGACUUGUGUAACAAUCUCCUCUGGAUGGAGAUGUUUAUGACGUCACUGGAUCACAUGGAUAACACCAUGUACAGGUGUCAGCAGCUCCAUUUUGAGAUCGCCCAUGUUCUAUCAAGCGCCAUGGAGAAUAAAUACAGGCAACGCUAUGGGACUGCCGAUAUCGAAAAGUGA